CAAAAACCUAAUUUCCAAUUCUCCACGACAAGAAGAAACUGGCGGCUGCCGAGGUCUAUUUAGUGAAGAGAAGUCGUCCUCAAAUUGUUUCUGUCCAACCACAAAGCACAAGGCCGCCAUGGACGGCAGCCGAGUCGACUGGACAAACCUCCCACACCAGCUCCCCCCACUCAUCGCCGACCUCCUCCAAACCCACCUCGAACACCUCCGAUUCCGCAGCGUCUGCAACUCCUGGCGCUCCUCCAUUCCACCCUUGCAAAGUUCCAAUGUCCCUAGAUUCCCUACUCCGCUCUCCCUCGGGCCCACUGCCGUCCUCUGCCCAACCACCGUCUACCUCCUCCGCCCCGACCCAAAUUCAAAUCCAAAUCCUUCCGCGUCAUCAUCUUCAACCUCUUCGUCCAAGGGUUGGCUGCUGAAGCUGGAAGAGUCUUCCGGCAAACUUCGUCUCCUGAACCCGAUCACCAGCUGGCGGAUCGGGUCCGUAAGCGAUGGUGUUCCGGUAAACCCCAUGGAUUUGAAUUUGCUGGACUUCAACAUGGUGGAGAUGGCCAGAUCAUAUGUGCUCAGAUAUAUAAAUGGAUCCGGAUCCGUUUUUGGCAUAAACAAGGUGAUUAAAUCCCCCAUUUUCAAAGAUUACUGCUCAAUUUUCUUUAUUUACAACGAAGGAAAAUUGGGUUUUGCAAAAACUGGAGAUCAAAAGCUCACACUCAUCAACGAUCAAGUUUCUGACUACGAUGACAUGAUUGUGUACAAGGGUCAUCCUUUUGUUGUGGACAAAUGGGGUCAAAUUUUUUGCAUCAGUUCGUCGUUGGAAUUGACCCCGGUUUCACCUCCGAUCGGGUUUGGUCACCGUAAGAAUUUAAUCGAGUGUUGCGGAGAGCUUUAUGUGGUGGAUAGGUACCUGGAUCACCAAGGUACAAACUCUCAAGAAGGAGGUGUUGGUUCUGUUCGUUACAAUCACUUUCUCCGCCAUCCUCUCCGCAGGCGGAGGUUCUACGAGGCGGGUCAGCCGAAGGUGGUGGACUUUAGGGUUUAUAAGUUGUUGGAGGAUGGUGCUGAGGAGUUGGGGAGGAGAUGGGUUGAAUUGAAGAGCUUGGGGGAGCAAGCUUUUUUCUUGAGCAUCGAUUGUUGCUUCUCUGUUUUGGCUGCAGAGUUGGAGGGGUGUAAAGGCAAUUGCAUAUACUUCACAGAUUCUAAUGACAUUGGUCUUGCAUUGAGAGAGUUGAUUAGGCCGGAUGGGUCAGUUUUUAGCAUGGAGGAUCGUAGCAUUGAGAGGCUUGGAUCUUCCCCUCUUUAUUCCAAGAUGUUUUGGCCACUCCCAAUUUGAUUAUCAUUUGAAUUUACGUAAGUUUAUACUAGCUUCUGUACACGCGUUAGCGCUUGUGAAAUAGACAUGUUUUAAUAAGCAUAUGUGAUUGGAAUCACUAAAUUUAGAUGAACUGUUGAAAACAGUCGUGCGACUGUGGAUUUAGAUUGAUGAGUCAUCAUUUGAAUUGAUGAAAGUAUAUUCUAGCUUCUAUCAGCA